AAAAAGGGCAGAUUCCGCUUUACGUAUAAAUCUUUCAUUAAGAUCUACCUAUAUAUCCACACACCCGUUAUUAUCCCAAGUUUUGCGUUUGAAUGAAAGGCCGUGUGAGUGGUAGCCCCUCUCUCUCUGCACUCUGACAGGGUGUGAAACGGCUGAAGCAACAUCAGACGGAGGACAGGGUAUUCACGGCAGCACGCUCCGUCCCCAAGCACAACACUCACAGCCGUUUGACUGGAGGGCGAAGCUUGAUGCUCCAUGCUUCCCCUUCGAUAGUUUCCAACCCGACCGUAUUUGGCUCAUGGCAUGGCCCCCAUCUCAGAUCUUCCACCCGCUAGACCGAGGAAUGGUGCUGCCUAUUGGCGGGCUGCCAUGAUGCUGCCCGGUGCGCCGAAGAGCUGCUGUGUAACUGGCUGCGCGAGCCACGGUAGAAAACUCCUGAUUCGGCUGGCCAGGCACAGCGCAUUCCACUGGAGCACAUUAUUCUAGAAGUCUCCUUGACAUGCACGACACUCGCGGUGACCGUGGUCUCCGAUCUUCAGUGUGUCCAGCGUGACACCUCCCAAGACCUAAGCCAGCAUCAGUGGUCGGAGGAAAGUUCUUCCGACCGUCCUUGAUGCGUCAUCACUCGACAGUUGCCCGGGAUGAGCCGACACACAUCCGUACGGGACGCAGCGUGCUCGUGACGACAGGGCGGUAGAGUAGCUGUUGUAGUGUCAUUGGCAAAUUGUAUUUGCAGGAAGUUAUUCUUCUGUUUAACUUGCCCUAGCCGACUACAGUGAGAGUUUGUCUCGGAACAUUGACCUAGGAUGGCCGGCUCCAACACUCUGAGCUCCUCAGAGCAUGGGGACGACCCGCGGGGCCACUCGUACUCGAUCCAUAUCCAGACCAGAGGGACAACACUAGACAAAUAUCCGGCGAAGCAACAUGCCCGCAAUGUCGCGAGGCAACUUGGUUUAACGGAUGGCUUGAUAUACCUAAUGAGCCAGAGCACCCGGACGCUGGAGGAUUCAGACCAGCCUCAGCCGUUUCGACAGCGGCGGUACUUUUUCUACUUGUCAGGCGUUGAUGAACCCGACUGCCAUCUGACCUUCGAUAUCAAAUCAGACAUCUUGACUCUCUAUGUUCCACACUACGAUCUUAGGAAAGCAAUCUGGGUAGGCCCAACGCUUAGGCCAUCAGAGGCUAUGAUGAGAUAUGAUCUCAACGCAGCUAAGACUUACGAUGAAUUGAGCAAGAAUAUCCGCACGUGGGCAUCUAAGAGAAUGUCGCCUGUGAUAUACAUCCUUCAUGAAGGCCAGAAGCCGAAUAUCAAUGCCCAUUUCCUGGCAUUCAACCAUGAAGACCUCCUCCCAGCAAUGGACGCUUGCCGGGAAAUUAAGGACGAACAUGAAAUUGACCUUAUCAGACGUGCUAAUGAAAUUUCCGCUUCUGCACACAUUGAAGUGCUCCUUGGCAUACGCAACAUGCAAAACGAAGCUGAAAUCCACGGAAAAUUUCUCGACACGUGUGUUUCACAAGGGGCUAGGAACCAAUCGUAUGAGAUCAUUGCUGCCUCUGGUGAAAAUGCUGCUAUACUCCAUUAUACGAAGAAUAAUGAGCCGUUGGACGACCGCCAACUUGUCUGCCUGGACGCUGGCGCUGAAUGGAACUGUUAUGCGAGCGAUGUGACUCGAACAUUCCCGAGACGUCCAUACUGGCCGAGUUGCGAGUCCGCUAAUAUCUACUCCGUGGUGCAACGCAUGCAGGAAGAAUGCAUCAAUGGCCUCAAGGAAGGCGUCAGAUAUCUUGAUCUCCACAUCCUUGCGCAUAGAAUUGCGAUUGAGGAGCUACUGUCACUGGGUAUUCUUAAAGGUGGCUCCACAGAAGAGAUCUUGCAGUCGGGCGCAUCUCUGGUGUUUUUUCCCCACGGUCUCGGUCACCAUGUGGGACUGGAGGUCCACGAUGUGUCACCAACGCCGCUGAUGGCGUUUAGCCUGGAUAAAUACAAAGGAUUACCAUUGCUGUCAUGCAGGCCGCCGUGUACGCUGUCUGCUCCGUAUCUGAAAGCAGGGAUGGUCGUUACCGUCGAACCAGGAAUAUACUUUUCACGUCCGGCCCUGAAGGACGCAAGACGGAAGCCCUUGUCCAAAUAUAUCGACAUGGAUGUUGUUCAAAAGUAUAUUCCUGUCGGGGGUGUUAGGAUCGAGGACGACAUCUUGGUUACAAGGGAUGGCUUCGAAAACUUGACGAAGGCGCCGAAAGGAAGGGAAAUGUUGAAAACCAUCCGAUAGGGUGGAUAUGCUGGGGCUAUUGAGGGAAGAAACUGCCAAGUUCCACUCGCCGGCGGGAAAGUUUGUAAAGGCGGAUCACGGGCCCUGUGAAUUAUUUGGCGGAUGAUAUGGCGCGACGAGGUUGGUCACUUCGGAAGAUCUGAAGGUUAAUGCUAUCAUAAGUUGUAAGGCGAAAGAGUUUCAACUUUGCGGACACUCGGCACUUAAGCUUCAUCACAUCAUCCCACCUUGGUAGCGCCCCCUUGUCGUCUUUGCUUUUCGAUUCGUUGAAUGCCCUAUGAAGAACAAAUAAUCGUCCAUGAGCAAAGUGACUCCUUUGGAGACACAGCUUGACUACUCAAUUGAUUGCUCUGAAAAAUUUUU